AAAAUAUAUAAAUAGAUGCCCUUCAAUUUGCUCCCUCCUCUAUCCUUUACUUUGAAUCUGUAUAUCCUCAAAAUGCAUCCACUCGUGUUCUUGUCUUUAGCUUUAUACUUACUUUCUACUGUAUCAUCUAGAGAAGUCAGUGAAGGCCAAAGGGGCUUCAGCAUUGAUCUUAUUCACCGUGACUCACCAUUGUCACCCUUUUACAAACCUUCACUCACCCCAUCAGAUCGCAUCAUAAACACUGCCUUGCGCUCCAUUUAUCAAUUAAAUCGAGCUUCCCACUCUGAUCUAAAUGAAAAAAAAACACUCGAACGUGUUAGGAUUCCAAACCACGGAGAAUAUCUCAUGAGGUUCUACAUCGGUACCCCUCCUGUGGAAAGACUUGCUAUCGCAGACACAGCGAGUGAUCUUAUUUGGGUACAAUGUUCCCCUUGUGAGACAUGUUUUCCCCAAGACACCCCAUUGUUUGAACCACACAAGUCUUCCACGUUCGCAAAUUUGUCAUGUGACUCACAACCUUGCACAUCAUCCAAUAUAUAUUAUUGCCCACUUGUAGGUAAUUUAUGCUUAUACACAAACACUUAUGGUGACGGAUCAUCCACCAAAGGAGUAUUGUGCACUGAAUCCAUUCAUUUUGGGUCUCAAACCGUCACAUUUCCUAAGACUAUUUUCGGAUGUGGAUCAAACAACGACUUCAUGCAUCAAAUUAGCAACAAAGUCACAGGAAUAGUGGGUCUUGGAGCUGGGCCAUUGUCGCUAGUAUCACAACUAGGUGACCAAAUCGGUCACAAAUUCUCAUAUUGUUUACUUCCUUUCACUUCAACCUCUACAAUCAAGCUGAAAUUUGGGAACGAUACAACAAUAACUGGAAAUGGGGUUGUCUCAACUCCCCUCAUAAUCGACCCACAUUAUCCUUCCUAUUACUUCCUCCAUCUUGUAGGCAUCACUAUUGGACAAAAGAUGCUGCAAGUGCGUACAACCGAUCAUACUAAUGGCAACAUAAUCAUUGAUUUGGGGACAGUGUUGACAUAUCUUGAAGUGAACUUUUACCACAAUUUUGUAACUUUGUUGCGAGAAGCCCUUGGGAUUUCAGAGACAAAGGAUGAUAUUCCAUACCCAUUUGACUUUUGCUUUCCAAAUCAAGCUAAUAUAACUUUUCCUAAAAUUGUGUUUCAAUUUACUGGAGCUAAGGUUUUUCUGAGCCCUAAGAACCUAUUUUUCAGGUUCGAUGACUUGAACAUGAUUUGCUUGGCGGUACUACCCGACUUCUAUGCAAAGGGAUUUUCUGUCUUUGGAAAUUUGGCGCAGGUUGAUUUUCAAGUGGAGUAUGAUCGCAAAGGGAAAAAAGUGUCUUUUGCUCCUGCCGACUGCUCCAAAAACUAGCAAAUAAUGAUGCUUGACACCUCCAUGUUGUUUAACAUCUAGAAAGAGAUUGAGGUAAAAGAGAGAUAAUUAAGAAUAGAUAUGAUAGACAAUAUUAUGAUUAAUGAUAAGAAGAUAGAGAGAAAUGAUUGACGUUAACCAAGUAUUGUAAUGGAGAAUAUAUAUCAUUUUUGAAAAGUAAUUUAUCUAUCUACAUUACAUUAACUAUUA